AGUUUUUGCCUCGUUGGAAGGAAGUCGCGCUCUCAAGCAGGAAGAGGAAAAGCUCACUGACAGCGACGGCAUGCAGUAAAAAGCGACGAGGAAAAAAAAAACAACAACAAAGACGGGCGAAAUCCAUACGCGCUUAUUCGGGUGGCAUUUAACCUUCUGUGAUGUCAAUCAUCGAGGACCAAGCAAACAUGGACGGAGCAGAACUGCUUCGGUUGCAGUUUGAUGACUGCCAGGACGCUUCUUCCGAGGAGCAGCUCUUUGAUUACGUCAGUAGUCUCAUUGAUUCGUGGAGCUCAGAACAGGAUGUGCUCAGCUUACUGCAGGAAGAGGACAACGUGGAGACCCUCUGUCCCUCCCAUUCCCCAUUGGGCAGCGACAGCGGCAUCUCCGACUACAGCAGCAGCGCCGGCCGCGUGGGAAACGGCGCCGACGUGGGUUGCCCGAGCCCCGAGGGCAGCGACAUCGACAUCUCCCGCAGUCCCAGCUACUCGAACCCGAGCACGGUGUGCUCCGCCUCCUUCGCCGAGGAGCCGCAGGCUGAGAACCAAGAGGUCUUAAGAGUCCAGGCCGAUCACAGCUACUCACUGCUCAGGGGCAAGUGCGAGGACAUGGAUGUCCUGCAGAGCGUGUGGGCAGAAAAGUCCGACACUGACGUCUUCAUCGAUCUCGACAAUCUGGUGACCGAGGAAAUGGAAGACGAGUUUGCCAGCGAGCUUCCUUAUACGCUGGCCAUCGACGACUCGAUGCUGGACACAAAACAGCUCGACGAUGUAGAACAGUUCCAGUUCAAGGAGAUUGUGCUCUCUGAGGAGGAGAAGCGGCUUUUGGCGAAAGAGGGAGCGACGAUUCCCACACACAUGCCGCUCACUAAGGCCGAGGAGAGGACCCUGAAGAGGGUCAGGAGGAAGAUUCGCAACAAACAGUCGGCUCAGGAGAGUCGCAAGAAGAAGAAGGUCUACGUAGACGGCUUAGAAAGCAGGGUCGCCGUCUGCACUGCCCACAACGUGGAGCUGCAGAAGAAAGUCCAAAUGCUCCAGAAACAGAACAUGUCUUUAAUUGAGCAGCUGAGGAAACUGCAGGCCUUGGUCAAGAUGUCCACCUUGAAGGCCAGCACCACCAGCACGUGUGUCAUGGUGUUCCUGCUCUCCUUUUGUCUCAUCGUCUUCCCGUCGGUCAACCCGUUUGGCAGAAACGCCGAGGAGAAGGAACUCUACCUUCCCUCUUCCAUCAUUUCCCGAACUCUACGCUCGCUGCCGUCCGAGAGCACCGACGCCACGACCUACCUGGAGCACGAAGACGACGAGGCGGACCAUCACCUGCUGCCCCAAGCCGAGCUGGAGAACACGGAUGCCAUUUUCGCCAGCGGUAAGAAGAAUCAAACCCCCGACUACCAGCGCGUGGAACAGCCCGACUCGGAGACGGCCGUCAACGGCAACUCUUCGUCGGAUUUCCCCGCGGCACCGCAGGUGGCGGAGGUGACGCCGGGGGUGGGCGGCGGGGCCGGGGGCUUACAGGAGGGCUCUUUAGAUUCCGUGGUGGUGGCCGCUGUGGGGUACGAGGUCCCCGGGUCCAAGGGGAACUGGAUAGACCGGAACCCUCCGUCUGUUAUAUUACAGCAGCACCGUUCAGAUGAGAUGUAGUGAGGUUACGUGUGUGACCACCAGAGGGAGCCAUAUUUUAAAUUUUAUUUGUACCAGAGGGAAGCCAAAGCGGGGUACACGCAUACAUUUACCCGCGAUUGUUUGAGGGACAGAAUUAAGAAAAAAAAUGGAAGACAUUGAUGUCCCCUUCCAAAUUGUUUAAAAUUUCCCACAUUAAUAGUUCAAACUGUAAAUAUGGACAAGCUGGGCUGUCAAACACAUCUAUCCUCCAUUACUACGAAAAACACGAUUACAGAUUAUUUCAUUUUGAACAAACGGCUAACAAGUGUGCAGGUACACUUACACUUACUGAGAUUCAUCACUUCAGCACACUUAUUUGUCACCAACUGUUAUACUUUUUUCUUAUUUAGACCGGGCUUUUGCAUCAUCAUGUGAUAUUUGAGGACGCAAAAAUAACAAAUAGGUGCAUUACUCAAUGAGUAGGAAAUAUGCGGUGAACUACUGUACAGAUUUUUAACAUCUAAACUGUUCAGCCAAGCGAACACACACAAGGGUCUGCUGUCGUAAAUCUGGAACAGGUUUAAUGUUACUUUUUACUUUUUUUUAAUAAUCAGAUGGGGAAAUAAAACUGACUCCAAACGCUUUUUGAUGAAUUGGAUUGCAAAGCAAAUUUAUUUGCAUUGCGCAUUUGAUACAAUUUGCUUGACGUGAUUUCAAGAAUGUAAGUCCAAAGACAUUUAAAUUUAAAACGGGAAACAAACAAAAUAAACAAUGAAAACGGCGCAAGAAAUGUCAUUGAAAUUGGAAAUAUUUUAAAAUGCACGAGAAAAGGAGGUUUUUAAAUACUGCCUCAUCAUGUUUGUUUUGGACUCUGCGCUCCACUAUUUGACCUGACUGAGUCUGUCGAUCUCAGAGCUCUUUAGCGUUUGUAUUCCGUAUGCAUUUCUUUCAAUUUAUAGACCAGUAGCAAAACUUUCAAAUCUAUUCUAAAGCUGCCUGGAAGCCAGCGUAAAGACUUUACAAUUGGAUUUAUACGCUCCGACUUCUUUGAGGUUGUCAGAACCCGAGCUGCAGCUGUUUAAUGCUAAUGCAAAGAGGGCGGGGAACUGAUCGACUUUGGCCCAGUUGUUAGUAUCUGUGUGCUCCGCUUUGUACAGUACGUUUAUGCAGUUGGACCCCCUCAAAGGUGACGCACUUUUUAGUUUUCCCAGAAGGGGGUGAUAGCGUCUAUACAUUUUCGGAGCCGCUGAUCCCCUCACCAGGGUCGCGGGAGCGCUGGAGCCUAUCCCGUGCCACCUUCGAGCAAGAAGCGAGGUACACCCACUGACCUUUAAAAAAAAAAAAAAAAAAGGAAAAAGAAGAGUGGAUAGCGCAUACACAUCGAGCGGUGUGUCGAUUGGUUGAAGCCAGCUGGCCGCCAUAUUGGUACUCCCAAAACGUGUGGAGGACACGGCGUACAGGUUGGAUUACGGCGGGGGUUUUCCUCUUAGUUUGGCAUGUAGAAUUAAAACUGGUCAUGUGAGCUUGACAUUUUUUCAGUUCUGGUAACAGGAAGAAUUUUUAAUUGGAUUUGGCAAGCCAAAAAAAGGCUUAAGUCCAAAGGAAAGACAUAGAACACCGUAACUACCAAGAAACUGGAUAUUACCUAGGACCCGAUUUCAGCGACGUGUUAACUUUUCCCAAAAUAUGCUGUUAAGCACUAUCAUCAUAACAGCAAAAAAACCCAAGUAUUUUUUGUCAUAAAAACAUUGCAUUUUAAGUCAAUCAGUUAGAUAUAUUUUUGGAAAUAAGGACUCACAAUGGGAAAAUACAUGCUAAACGCGUUGUUCAUUUGCUGUCUCUGGCAGAAAAUUUAAACUUGUUUCCUCGCAUUUGAAAAUCAAAUUCAAUUUGCGGAGUCCUGUAUUAUGAAAUUCAUCAGAAAAAUUCACAGAAAAUGUAUUUUCUUGCUUAUCCACAUAUGAAGUUUGGGAAAAUAUUGACAUCACUUUUUCUCACAAACACGUCGGGCUAGUCAGGUGAAGCAGAGAGUGAAUCGUGAACAACAACCGGAAACAAAACUUUGUUCGAGUGAAUUAAGCUCAUCAGAAAAUUAAAAAAAAAAAAAAAAAAACUUUACAAACAAACUUUAACACCGUCAAAGUAAAUCUUUCCAACUUACCUGCAGAAUGUUUUCUCACAGCCACGAAACUAGCAAUUAACGCACAGGUCUGCAUGGUUGUUUUGCGAGUAUCAAGAUGGCGGAUGGCGACUUCAGUUUUGGUGGCCAAUGAGCCAUCCAGUCUUUUUUUUUUUUUUUUUAGAUCAGUGGGUACACCCUCAACUGGUCACCAGUCAAUCGCAGGGCAGUUGUGGAACUUCCUGCCACAUAAGACAACACGCAGGCAAAUGAGUUCACUUUACGUUAUUUCUUAUGGUGAGAAAAGCGUUUGAGAUUUCAUUCGCUUAAAAUCAGCCAGUAUCAUGGAGUGAAUCGUAUUCAACUUUGGACUUUCAAAUAUACAUUUUUAUUUUUAAAACAAAAAAAAGGGGGGGAGGGUUGAAGUUCUCUGGUUAUUUUAACAGCUUUCUGACGUACUACUGUUACUUUGUUUAUUUGCACUUUUCUAUCUUGUAAAUGGCAAAAAGAACUUUUAAAAAUAUUAAAAUACAAGCACGUAUUUGGAAAAGAAGGCCCUACUCCAUCAGCAAGAUAAAAUGAUAAUGUUAUGGAUAAAUGACACACCCUAAGCUCUUUAAUUAGCCGACAUCAGUCAUUGCCCGAUAGACGAAUAGGCUGCUUGAUUAAAGUGAUUUGGAUCAUCACACCGUGAAGCCAUUGCAGGACAUUUGGCCGUGUACACUUGACAAAAGUGUUUCCCUUGUAGCAAGGGUUUCUGUAUUUUAUUUUAUUUUAUUUUUAGGGGGUUAGGGGUGGAAAAAAAAUCAUGUGAUGACUGUAUGAUAUUCUCUUUUGUCAAGGAGACAUUGUUUUUAUAUACGUCCUGAUUUCGUUGUCAUAAUGAUGCUCAGAAAAACUUGUGCAGUCAACACUACCCAAAAAUGUAAUGACCUGUUGUGUCAGUGAAGCAUUUUGAGUGUAUUUCCAUGUUACUAUUAAUGGUGAUGGCAUGUAAUGGGCGCUGUUCUGUAUUAUGAUUAGACGAGAGUUCAAAUGUUAAGGCAAAGGCACUGUUUCAAAAAAUGAAUGGGAUGUAAAUAAGCUCAAAUCGUUGUAGCUUUUCUGUACAUUGGACCUCUUUACAUAUAUGCUAAUAAAGUUUUUAUGGA